AAUCUGAGACGUUUAUAUAAUGAAACAGGACAGCAGGAGACCGAAGGUCAAAUGGACCAGGUGAAAGAUAAAUUUACUGCAGCAGCAUCAUAGACACAUAGUAUCCACGAUACAGCGCUCACAAGAACUUAACUUGAACAGAAUUGUAAAAAGAGAAGAGAAUUUGAACGAGUCUCAAGACAGUCCAUUGCAGCGUAAAUUCAUCAAAGUGGUGCUGUCUUGAGGUGGAGAGGAGCGUUGUUCAGGUUUGUUAAAAAGCUGGACCGCUGUUACGAUGAGAUGAAGACGUCUCUGUGCGUGAUCCACUGGAACCGGGGUGCUGAGGACACAGCAGCAUUUAUUGAUCUGUUCCGUCUGCGGGAAGUGAUUCAUCGAAGCUGAUGAUACGUCAGGAAACUCACAGCAGUGAGAGGUCGAUCAGGGAUUCACUCACUCAGCUGACUCGCCGAGACACCGGUGGGCUGACACAAGGGAGAGAGACUGUUCAAUUGUUCCGUGUGUGGGAAGAGAUUCACUCGGUAACCUGAUCUGCUGACACACGAGCCAGUUCUCACUGCGGAGAGGCCGUUCACCUGCUCAGGCUGUGCGAAGGGAUUCACUCAGUCAUCCCAACUACAGAGACAUCAGCGAAUACACACACGAGAGGGGCAAUCCCCCAACUCGGACUGUGGGAAUCACUCAGUCAUCCCACCUAUAGACAUAACUGUCGGUUCACACUGGGGAGAAGAUGUUCUCCUGCUCAGAGUGUGGAAAGGCAUUCACUCGAUCAUCUGACCUACUGACACACUGGUCAGUUCACACUGGGGAGAGGCCGUUCACCUGCUCAGACUGUGGGAAGGGGUUCAGUCAGUUAUCUCAACUGAAGGUACACCAGCGAGUUCACACAGGGGAGAGGCCGUUCACCUGCUCAGAGUGUGGGAAGGGCUUCACUCGAUCAUCUAACCUACUGGCACACUUGCGAGUUCACACUGGGGAGAGGCCGUUCACCUGCUCAGACUGCGGGAAGGGCUUCAGUCAGUUAUCUAAUUUACUGGCGCACCAGCGCGUUCACACUGGGGAGAGGCCGUUCACCUGCUCGGACUGCGGGAAGGGAUUCAGUCACUCGGCCCACCUGAAGCAACACCAGCGAAUUCACACCGGGGAGAGGCCGUUCACCUGCUCGGACUGUGGGAAGGGCUUCAGUCGCUCGUCAGACCUGAAGCAACACCUUCGAGUUCACACCGGGGAGAGGCCGUUCACCUGCUCGCACUGUGGAAAGGGGUUCUCCCAGUCGUGCAACCUCGUGUCGCACUACCAAGUUCACACUGGGGAGCGGCCGUUCACCUGCUCUGAAUGUGGGAAAGGAUUCUGCCACUCGUCUUACCUGAAGAAACAUCAGCGAGUUCACACUGGGGAGAGGCCAUUCACCUGCUCCGAAUGUGGGAAGGGCUUCACUCAGUCAUCCCAACUGAAGGUGCAUCAGCGAGUUCACACCGGGGAGAGGCCGUUCGCCUGCUCAGACUGUGGGAAGGGAUUCACUCAGUUAUCAAACUUGUUGGCCCACCAGCGGGUUCACACUGGGGAGAAGCCUUUCACCUGCUCACACUGUGGGAAGGGAUUCACUCAGUUAUCUAACUUGUUGGCACACCAGCGAGUUCACACUGGGGAGAAGCCCUUUACCUGCUCAGAGUGUGGGAAGGGAUUCAAUCAUUCAGCCAGCCUCCAGAAACACUACGGAGUUCACACUGGGGGGAAAGUUUAAUAAGCUGCCUGGUGGAUAUUGAACCACCACAGUUGCUGAAUCCGGAGACAAGUUUGCAAAUGACUGCUCGUGUCUAACUCUGCAAUUACUACUGCUGUUCAUCAAACUAGGUCUGCACCCUGGUCACUGGGAAUGGGAGGAGUUUCUUCUGAUGUUCGCAUUUAAUGGGACU